GCUUAGUCCUCCUUUAUAAACCAUAGUUCCCUCCACAAACGCCGAUGCUAUCACCGUCGCUUUCUCCUUCAAAUUCCAUCGCAAAACAAACACCUAAUUUCACAAGUGAUUUUCGGAGCUUGCAGUGUUCUCUCUCAGGUGUUUGUUUUGCGAUGGAAUUUGAAGGAGAAAGCGAUAGCAUCGAAGGCACUAAGGGACCUCAGUGCUCGAAGAGUGAAGAAGCUCCUAAAGCGAACACACAGCAAGAUGGAGAUUCUUCAAGUCCAUUGGAGGAACAGCAUCUAAAGAACCAGUGGACACAGUUGUACACAACAGCCCUCCUGAGCACGCCGUUCGUCAAAUCCAUAGUUCUGAUGAUUGUUCAGACAGUUACUGGGUAAUUAAUGUACUGGAGCAGAUGUGUCAGUCACUAGGUGAUGAUGAAGGUGGUGUACAAGUGUGCAUCCGAGAAGCCAUUGAACAUUUUCGAAACACUGACCAUAAUCUGCCUAAGGAAUCUGAUGUUACAUCUGAUGGAUCAUCAAGUGAGUUGAAGCAUUGUGCAGUGACUGCAACCUGCCAGCAUACCUUCGGGAGUAUCUUAGUCUCUGAAGAGUUUGCCUCAUUGUGCAAAAACUGCUGUUGCAAAACUUUCCAGGAAUCAAGGCUGACAGCAUUUUUGAUCUUCAGCUCGUAAAUUCAGGGAUGGAGAGUGGAGAAUAUGAACAUUCACCAUGGCUUUUCUCUGAUGAUAUGCAAAAGGUAUGGAGUAAGCUUCUAGGAUUUGGUACGGAAUUGGUUCCCCUAUCAAAAAGCCUUUCAGACAUGUCAGCGACUUGCAAGGAAGAGUCCCAGGUCCAAGGUUCAAUCUACAACACGUUUGAAGGUGGAUACAAUGAGAUCUUCCUUCAAGAGAUCCUAACUGUACUGUCCCAAUGGCCUGAUGAACCUCGCCGGUUGGUCUUAAUGCUUGUCAACUUUCUCAAUUUAGUCCUAGAGGAUGCAGAAAUUGAUUUAGAUGACGAAGACGCAAAAAUAACUGCCUUCGAAUGUCUCACAAAAAUUGACGAAUUCCUCUCAUCUUCUUCACUGGACGAGGGGACCAUUGAAGCACUCUUAUUUGAGUUGCCCAAGAAAGUUGCCUUGUUUGGAGGUGUGUCAGAUAAAUGUGUAGAAGUUGCCAAGAGCAUCCUUGAUCAAUUUGCAUCAAGGUUUGGUGCUGAAAGGCUUGCAGUUUGUGGAAAGGAACCAGUGGACAGAGUUAGACACAACAGUUGUCAUGAGCAAGUCAAUCUUCAGAUCAGUAAUUCUGGUGAUUGCUCAGAGAGGGACUUGAUGAUUCCCAUACUGAAGCAGAUGUAUCAGUCAAUAGGCAAUGAUGAAGGUGGUGUACAAGUGUGCAUCAGAGAAGCUAUUCAACAUUUUCAAGAGAUUGACCAUAGACUGCCUAAGGAGUCCAGCGAGUAUAUCGAGGAUGUUGUAUCUGAUGAAUCUUCAAAGCAUUGUACAGUGACUGCGAUGUGCUAGCAUGCUUUUGUGAAUAUCCUAGUCUCGAAAGAGUUUGACUCACUCUGCAAACUGCUGUCUCAAAUGUUUCCAGGAAUCAAGGCUGAUGGCAUUUUUGACCUUGAACUCAUAAAUUCAAGGAUGAAGAGUAGAGUAUAUGAAAAUUCUCCAUUUUUCUUCUCAAUGGAAAUGC